GGUAGAACUUGUGCGAUCACAGAUAAUUGCUCGCAUUUGAAGGCAUAUUCAGUAGAAAAAUUUGUUUGGCAUUUGUAAAUAUCGAAUAGAGUACAAUAUGACUGGUACUACCACAGAAAAGUCAGCUAAUAAUCCUUUAGAGCAGUUUGUACUGCUUGCGAAAACUGCUAAAGGUGCAGCUGCAAUAGAACUUAUAAGACAAGCCGUAGAAACACCAGGUGUUCAUGUCUUUGGGGAAUUAUUAGAUAUGCCCAAUAUCAAAGAGUUAGAAAGUGGACCUUAUGUUCAAUAUUGGAAUACUCUGAAUUUAUUUGCCUAUGGCACGUACAAAGAGUAUUUAGAAAAUAAGGACAAGGUUCUAGAAUUAACUUCUGUUCAAAAGAAAAAGCUUCAACACCUAACAAUUGUAACAUUAGCCACAAAGUCUAGAUGUAUACCAUACUCUACCUUAUUGGAGGAGUUGGAUAUAAAAAAUGUUAGAGAUUUAGAGGAUCUAAUAAUUGAGGCCAUCUAUGCUGAUAUAAUACAUGGCAAAUUAGAUCAAAAGAAUUCACAGUUAGAGGUAGAUUAUGCUGGGUUGGGUCGUGAUGUUAGACCUGGUGAUACCGGUGUGGUAGCUGAAACAUUAGCUGCUUGGGGUCAAGCUUGUGGUUCUGUGUUAGCGUGUAUCGAAGAACAAGUUACAAUAGCCAAUGUUGAGAAGCAGGCAGCUAUUUAUCAUAAGGAAACAGUACAAAGAGAUAUUGCCAACAUAAAAAAGUCUCUUGCUGCACAAGCUGGAGGUGGUGGUGUGCAGGAGGCUGAUAUGGCAGGUGGUAAUUCGGGAGCAGGAGGAAGUGAAUCUGGUAGAGAAGCACUAUCGGUUCCACCAGAUCCAAAGAAGAAGCAACAAAAGGUCAAAGGUAUUAAAGGCAGUGGAUCUACUAAUCCGGUAAAGCACCACGAACUGAACGAUGAGCCGAAUUGAGAAGUUCCGCUUUAGGUGAAACCUUCUGGCAUAUCACCAACUUGAGCGGAUUCUAUCUAUCUGUCUGUGUCUGUCUGUCUAUCUGUCUGUCUACAACAGCGCAUCGUUUCUCCUCUGUAAAGCUUUUUUUGUACUUUUUGAGAAAUAAAACACGAUUUUACAAACA